UACGGCUUCAGAGUUUGAGGACUGGUUUGCAUUGAUUUUUUUUCUCUCGUUGCGCCGCCGCGCCCCCAGCCACACUCCUCCGCCGUGGGCCGACCCCUUUUUCGUUUGCGCUUCGAGCAGUGAAGUGCUAAAACGAGGAGCUAAGCCGCCGCUGCUGCAUAGGACUUUUUGGCCUGAUGGCGGCGGCGCCACCGGGAGCGGGAAUCGUGUGGCAGACGCCGGCCAAUCCGCCGGAGGCGCAAGACUACAUCUUUCGCAACGGGCGGCGCUACGUGAGGCCUUAUUACUUCGAGUUCAUCUCACAUGUGAAGAACAGAUGGGCUGGCAAGACCAUUGUAGACCUCUUCACUGAAGAAUUCAAGGGGCGACCCUACGAAUACUAUGUUCAUGCAGUGAAAUGUGGGAGGCUCCAGGUGGAUGAGCAAACGGUUCCUGCAGACUAUAUUGUGAAAUCAUCACAAAAGAUAAGCCAUUUCUUGCACAGGCAUGAGCCACCAGUCUUGGGUGGUAAUAUUCUAAUCCUUCAGAAUGAAGUUGAUGUUGUAACUGUCUGCAAACCGGCAUCUGUCCCAGUUCAUCCCUGUGGUCAGUACCGUAAGAAUACCGUAGUAGGCAUUCUGCAGGCUGAGCAUGGAUUAACACCCCUGUUUCCAGUGCAUCGGUUAGACCGGUUAGUUUCAGGUCUCCUUAUAUUUGCUAAGAGUGCUGAUCGAGCAGAAUGUUUCAGGCAGCAGAUUGAAGCUAAUUUACUGCAGAAAGAAUACGUAGCCAAGGUUGUUGGUGUAUUUCCUGAUGGCGAGCAAACCGUCGAUGCCAAUGUAAACUUCAAUGCACGGGAAGGGAGGAGCACUGUGGAGGUUUGUGAUGGUCCUGGUAAAGCUCUUCCAAGUGGAAAACAAGCUUGCACCAAGUUUCAGAGGAUUUUUACUGAUGGGAACCACAGCAUUGUCUUGUGCAAACCUGUGACUGGUCGGACUCACCAGAUAAGGGUACAUCUAAAACACAUUGGUUACCCAAUAGCCAAUGAUGAGCUCUACUUAUCGGGAAAUUUUUGUCCACGUUCAUCAAAGGGAACGGGUAUCAAUAGAGCAACCUCACUAGCGUGCUCAUUGUCAUCACCAGAUCCUGACAGUAGUGCUGAAGCAGAGGAAUUCGGUAUUGAUCCAAUGUGCACGAAUUGUCCAAAUCUUGCUCCUGUAGGUUACGAUGGAGAUGAGGAGGCAUUAUGGCUACAUUGUGUCCGAUAUACUGGUCCUGACUGGAGCUACGAAUGCCCUUAUCCUGACUGGGCCUCCCUUGAUAAUAUGCCCACGAAGAAAAUAAAGUCGUGAUGUAACACAUCUCUCGUAAGCCCACCAACAGCUGGGCUGAGAUUUUGGGAUGCGUAUGAUGUCUUUUACUGUCAUUGUAUGGCUGUAACGAUGUGCGGCGGUGUAUGUGGUUCAUAUGUCAUAUUCAGUUAAGUUUCCUCAUAUGGUAGUUUAGUCACAUUUGUUUCAAACCAGCAUUUUUGUUGUAUUUGAACAUUAUACAUACAUCCAUAUGAUCUGAUCAUGUCCAUUGAAGAUUUCUGGAAGGCA